CUUGCCCGCCAUGUGCGCGGGGGAGUGCAUUCGUGGUGGGCGUGUGCAGUGCUGAAUAUUGAGCCAGCUGCAAAUCUGAAGUGCCAAUAUGGAACAUACAUGGAAGCUGGGUGUCAGUGGUGGGGAAAAUGAUACAAACACCCUUCUUGUGGUGCAUGGAAUCCAUCCAGCACUUUCUAAGGAAGCAUUGAGGAAUCAAUUCAUCAGGUUUGGGGACGUCGUCAGCACAAAUGUGACGAUAAACAGCCGAGGCAACCCUAUGGGAUUUGUUCAGAUGCAGUCAGUGAGCGACUGCGCCGCCGCCAUCGCCGGUCUGAAUGGGCACGCGCCACUCCACUGGACCGUGCAGCCCGGCGCGCCGCACAGCGAGCGACUCCGGCGGCGGCGCGAGCGCGACGAGGCGCGCCGCUUCGAGGAGGAGAUGCGGCCAAUCCGCGAAGCCAAGCUUAGGGAGUUCAAACAGUAUGAGGAGCGAAUGAUGAUGCUCACCCGAGAGCUCGUUGCGACGCCGGAUACGGAUGAGAAUCACGAGCGACUGGACGAGCUGGAUGCGGAGGUGACAGAAGAGCCUCUCAUGGACUCGCCGGCUGACCCGUCGGCCGUGUGGCCACCCGCCGACGGGCAGCGGCCGUGCUCGGUGUGCACGGCACCCACGUCCGGCUUCUGCCAGCGCUGCAGCACGCCCUACUGCUCCAGCCGCUGCCAGAGCACCGACUGGGACCGGCACCGGCACAGCUGUCCGGGGCCAGUCUAG